AUGGACGUGGAAAAUCCGUUGACUAUCACGGGUCCUGUGACAAGCACCGGAAUCGAGUUGGUGAGCACGUAUCGAGCCUCGUUGGAAAACGUGGUGUCUGCGGGCAGAAGCUUGAGUCCCUCAGGCUCCUGGGUAUAUGACGGCCCGGACGAUACUGGAACAAGCGGCGACGACUCGUCAGGGGACUUGGACGACAUGGUGGACUGGCGUGCUGGAGGAACGAAUUUUUUAGCGGAUAAGAUUUAG